GUAGGCUCUUUAUAAAACAGCUCUGGCCAUAGCUCCAGUAAUGCUAAUGCUAAAUUGCAAAGCUAUACAACCACUUUCAAUUUCACUUCGUAGUCUGUCUGUCUCCUCCCUCAGUGUGUGUGUGUUUAGCUGCCCUUACGCGCCUGUGUCGACGCUAGCUCGCUGGGUUUAUGUUCUUCUCGUGAAAUUAACGUUGACUUUAGUAUGAUAGUUUUUUAUUGACGUUUUUUGAUGAAAUUAUAUAGUUUAAGCAAUAUUCGAGCGCUUUAAGACAACCUCUGCUACUUUACCAAACAGAUACAUGAGUGAAGAUAUUGAUUUUACCUCAGGAAACUUGUUAGCCUAGCUUGUAUUAGGUAACGUAGUAAGCUAAUAUCUAGCUUAGCUUAGCUAACUAAUUACAGCACUUUUGCAGGAGCAGUUUGUUUUAGCUGGUUAGCGCAGGUGGUGAACCUGACCCGAGAAUGCGCCGCUUCACUCAUGUCGCUAAAACAGAGCUCACGACUCUUCGGUGGAAAACAUAGCUAGCUAGCUAAGCUAGUUAACUAGCUAACCUGGUAAAUUUGCAGCUGCAUGGUUGUGUUUCUCGGUUUAAAUGACAAAAAUCUGCUGAAAUGGAUGGUGUGAUUUCCCUGAGCUCAGACUCCGGCUCUGAGGGGGACUCUGACAUUGAGUUUGUUGGGAGUUACAGUAAUGAGCGAGAAGACGCAGUGCCGUUCAUCAGAGCCGAACUACUCGCUGUUACACCGGUUCUGAUCGAUAUAACAGGACAUAGGUUUUCCCCUGUAAAGCCAAGGCCCCGACGAAAAUCAAGACAAGAGCAGACUUCCACCAUUGAAGUCAUAGAUCUAAAUAAUUACCAUCUUCCUAGCAACUUCUUUGAUACUGAUGCACAGCAACAGAGAAAAUCUAUGGCUCACACACCAACAAAUGCACAAAACCACUGUGUGGAUUCUGCUAUCCAGGCUGUAACCAAACCUAGUGGAAAUUUUCCACAGUCUUCAUGCACUCUAAAUCUUGAAAAAGAUGUAAUUUAUUUGGAUACUGUUGACAAUGACAGGAAUGAGUUGCCUGUUUCUAUAUCUUCUGAUCAGGAUAAUUCUUCCAGAGGUAAAAACAGUUCUCUUUACUCAUGUUCAGAAGACCAACCUGAAAUCAGAGCACAAGAACAAUCAGAUAGACUUCAAAAUGUAUCUACAAAGAACCUCACGAACAAUGAUGUUCAUGAGGAACUGCAAAACACUACAAACUCCCAGCAAAAGUACUCACCAGCUGCUGACCACAGCACAGAACAACACAAGAAACAUGACAAGCCAAUGGACUCUCCACAAAGUUGGCUUGACACAGCACCUUCACCAUUUAGCCUGGACAGUCCUUACUACUGUCCGAGCGAAAUAGAUGAUUUGAUCUUCUCUGAAGAAUCCUGCGUUGCAGAUAACAAGGGGCAGUUAUCUGCAACAUACAGCCUCACAUGUGUUCCUCAGAAUGAAUUUCUGCCCAGCACAUCUAAAGAAAUAACAGAUUUGCACAAAAAAGAACACACACAAGUUCAACCAAAUUUCACCUGCAAGACUUUAUCUACCUCAGGUGGAGCAUCCCCCACCUCCAGUCUGCCUUGUGCUCAGCCUUACAGCCCUACAUCCACAGAAAUCCUUGCUGGCGACUCUCCAGACACAUCUUCAAGCUCACCUGAUCUUGGCAUAGAGAGUCUGCCCAAUAGCCCUUCCAGUCUGUCACAAAUGCCUUCCAUUACAGAGAGAAUGUUAUUCAGCAGUAAAGACUAUUUGGAAAGCUCUUCUCCAAGUAAGUUUAGAAGCAAUAGCCUGGAUGAUAAGGAUAAGCAUGAUGAUGGACACUCAGAAUCUCAAAAGGAUGACAGGCAGCAUAUUUCUCUGGUGCAAUUAAAAAAGCUGAAACACUUAAUCGGAGGAGGAGGUCAGGCUAUGCCUGAAGAUGAUGAGGAAGAAGAAGAAGAUGACGACUAUGGUCAAGCUGAGCCACUGUGCAGACAGAGCCUGAGCCUAGUCUAUAGCACAAUCGAGGAGAGCUACCCAGAGGGCACUUUGCAGCUUCUCUCUGAUUUAAUACAGCCUCGUUACUACCCCCCUCUGGACAUCACCUCUCACCUUCUGAAAGGAAUCCUCCUGGACCCACACUCUACAGAAGUCUUGGCAUUAGAGGCCUACAAUCUGCUGAUGAGGACACAGAAAUACCACCCUGCAGAUGUAUCAACAGUUCCGUGGGACUGGGAUUUGUUAACAUCAGUGAUGUCUGAACAGGAUGAAACAACAAGGAUUCGGAGUGAGGUCUGCUGCCUGCUGUUCCAGUACGUACUGCAGUUGCUAGAAGAUGACUUCCAUUUUAAGCUCCCACUUCGCCUAAACCUUUCUAUUGCUAAGAAAAUGAUUUCAUGUGAUCAGAAGUUCAGACAAGUUAGGGAUGUCAUAAAUUGGCUAUUAGAUGCAGCAAAGCAGUCGUUCUGUAAUUCAGAGGAUGGCAAAAUGCAAAACAGCGAACAAAAUUGCAGUCUUAAGAUGUUGCUCAUUCUGCAGAGGAUGUUGUUAUUAGCCAUGGAGGUGGAUCGCACACCCACUUGCUCCUCCAACAAGCUCUCUGAGGAACUGUGCAACAGCCUCAACAGCACUGCCCCAAGCAGACAGCUUAGAUUGCUGUUGAUAAGCACUCUGGAGAGCAACCUACUGAGAUGCAAACUUCUGGAGCUGUUGCUGGACCAGGCCUGCUCUCAAAAAAGACCUCUGCCCAUGUCCUUCAAACUGCUGCUUCACUUUCUGCAAACUUGCACAUUGGCACCAGAUCCAUCGGAUGGAAUUGACAGAUGGAGAAGGUGGGAUGAGCUGCUGCAGCUUCUGUGGAUGCUGAUGCUCAGUUAUGAAGAAGUGAUGACAGGUCACCUUCGAUAUUCUAUCACAGAGCGAUUCACAUUGAUUCGCGCUCCCAUGUGGACUCAGAAUGACCAGAUCACCCGAGCAGCCGUCAAAGAGGCAGCGGAGUCUUUUUUAUCUCGGGCAGAGGAGGACAGUGGUCAAGCCCUGCCCUCACAAAUCCAAGAGUCUUUAUCCCAAUUACAGAACCAUUUACUGAGCAUCCGUUUAAAGUAAUAGACAAAUGUUUUGAAAAGCACUGUUUUAAAUGUUGAAUACAUUUGUAUUUUUA